AUGGAAGGUUCUUCGGCGUGGGUUCUGGAAUCGGAUUGGUGCAACUUGGUGGGGCAAGCUUUGUGCGAGCCCGCAGUCUGCCCGUCAUGUCCUGAUCCAGUUCAGGUUCUGCAUCCGCAAGAGCUGGCCCUGCUGCAUGAUGUCCAGGAGAUUGGCCCUUGUUUCGCCCCGAGCUCCACCGUGCGCAUUGAAGGUUGUCGUGCUGCGGUUCCGGUUGUAGGUGCAACGGCCGAUGCCCGUGUCCAGGACCUCACCCCUGGCCCGGCCUUUGGGGUCCUAGGUGCCAAGGCCGAUGCCCGUGUCCAGGGCCUCACCCCUGGCCCGGCCAUAGGGGUCCUAGGUUUCCAGUUGCAGGUGCAAUGGCCGAUGCCCGUGUCCAGGCUUGUAGGUGCAACGGCCGAUGCGCGUGUCCAGGUGGAGGCUGCGUCGUCCGUGCCAUUUGCGGAGGAGGAAAUCGUUGCAGCAAGCCUCAAGUGCCUGGCGAGCUUCACCCAGCGGAGUGUCAUAGUGCUAGAUCCUCUGAUGCUUCAAGCUGCGGUGGCCCAUGAAAGCCACAGCAUCCUAACUACGUUCCUUGCGGGUGUCCAGCAGCCCUUCGAAGUCAUUUCGGCCUUUUGCUCCCAUGACCAUUGGGUGUUUGUCCAUUGGCAUGUUUCCCUUGGCACUGUUGAAGCGUGGACAAGCUCCACCGCAAAGCUGCAUGAUGCUGAUGUGGCAGUGGCGCACUGCGUUUUUGGCCGGGCGCUUGGCUCACAUGCACGUUCUUUCCGGUUCCACGAUGCCCCUGCCAGGGUCGAAAGCCCCAACUUGUGUGGGCCGCUUGGUUUGGUCGACCUGCUGUGUCAGUUGCAAGGUGCUGAGCCAUGGGCGUUUGAGCAUGCUUGCGAUACGGCGGCGUGGGUUCUGGCUGCGUUCGUGGCUUCUCUUGACCGCGACGGCCAUGUGCGUCAGCCCGUUCUGUUGGCAGGUGCAUUGCAUGGAGCUGGGGCCCACCCACUCUUGGUCCAGGGCCUAGCGGCCACCCUGCGCCAGAAAGGUGUGCCGGCCGAGGCGGCGUCCGACCGUGCUCAGUCUGCAAUAUGCCAACUUGGUGCGGCAGCUGUCCAGAAGGCAAUGACUUCGGCCCAGCCUUGGAAGCAGUUGAAAGCCUUGGCCAAUCAGGCAAAGCCAGUGUUCCAGUGGAUUCUUCCGUCCGAGCUUCAGGUUCACAUCGAAGCCCGGUUGGCGUCGGGUGACGGCCCGAGCCAUCGCCGAGCUCAACGCAAAGUUCGCAGUGUUUCAGGGCCAUUGGCGCCCAGCAGCAAGGAGGUACAGGCGCCUAGGCCAGACCAGGUUGAGGUUCCCGACGGUGUCUUCAUCCAGGCCAAAGGUGGCGAAACCUUGUGUGCGCUCUCCCUGCUUGAGGUAGGACCUCAGGCAGAAGGGGUCGUCUUGGUGACGCCGGCGGAGGCGUUGCCUUACCUUGCACUCUCGAGCCCAGUUUCCAAGCGUGCGUUGGCGCUCCUUGUCCUUGGGGAUAUCUGUGUGUCUGGGGCCACCGCGCCUGUGUCCCAGGUUCGGUUCCAGGCCCAGUGCGUUGAGACAUCUGAGCCGAUGCUACUGACAGCAACCAUGAUCCAGAUUGGCGAUGUUUGGGUGGCCAAGGCUGUGCCUACUCAGGUGGCGCCGCUUGAUGUCGUUGAUUCCACCUUGGUUCGGGUUGCUUGCUUCAAGGACCAGUGGCCUGGAGUAUGGCGGGGACUGAUUCAGGCACCAGUGCGAGCAAUUCUUUCUCAAUGCCCUCAGCUCAGGACGUGUCGCGCCUUGGACUGUGCGUGCCCGUCGUGGCAUGGCCUUAGCGGCCCAGGGGAGCCCGAAGCUCUCCUGGAGGUUUUUGGCAGGCAGUUCUUGAACGAGAAUUACAAGGGGGCAUCGCCCUUGCCUGGUGGUCAAGGCGCGGGCAUUUGGUGGGUAGUCCAGGCCUCGGAGCGCCCUGACAGAUCUGUCAUUCCCACAGCCCAAGGGGAAAUCCUGAUCGUUGAGCAAAAGGCCCGUGUGGUCGAAGCGCCACGCGUGCCGACUGUCGUUGCGUCCAAGUCUGCCCUUCGUCGCCUCUCGGAAUCCCGUGUCGAGGCUGAUCCCAUUGAUGUGUCAGACCCAUGGCAACAGUAUUUGGAUGGCAAGGCUAGUGGACAGAGCCAGGCACUCCGCGGGGAAUCAUCAGGUCUGCAGCAGGUCAUCCAGAACAUGUUUGCGGCCCAGACGCAGCGCAUCGAGGAGCUCCUUGGAGCGAAACGCCACCGUGAGCAGCGUGCCAUCCAGGACCUGUCCGGCAAUCAGGCCCCAUUCACGUUUCUCCCGGGGGCCCCGGCGCCCCUGCGUACCGGAAGCCAAACUUCAGGUGGAUACACAGGAGUCGGCUUUGCAUCUUCAUAUCCCGUCCGGGCAUCCCCGACCGGGUGGCACCAGGAUGUGUGGAAUACCGCACGCGUCCAAUUGGCCUCUUUUUACGUGGCUCCUUUUUGGGUCCAAGGGGCAGUGGUUUAUGGCUACCCGGCGGACCAAGCCAAGACGCACGUUCUUCUAGAUGCGGUCACUGAGCGGUUGGUGCUUAACUCUCGCGGCCCGAGGUUUGUUGUGGGUGACAUGAAUCUCCUGCCUCAACAGCUUGAAGCUGCCCACCCCGAAUGGUGCCAGCAUGGGUUUCGUGAAAUUCAGGCGGUCGCGGCAGCGAGAUGGGGCUGGCAGGUGCAGUCUACAUGCAAGCAUGCCACUCAGAAAGACCACCUGUGGGUGUCACCUGAGCUUGCCUCCAUGCUGUGCGAGGUGCAGGUGCAGCAUGACGUUUUUGCGGACCCAUGCAGUGCUGGUGGGCACGUUCUUAGGAGGCCCAACGUGGCCGGGCAGCCACCCUGGAUACCAAACUUGUUCGCACGGCUCCCGUACCGCCUACAUGCAGGUCGCGUGAAGGCCGAGCCGAAGCCCAAGCCAAUCGGUGGCGCGCUGUUCGCCGAGCAGCAGGUUUCAAACCGUCGUUUGCAGAGUGGGGCCCAGUGUGCGCAGCAAAUCUUUCAGACGUUCGAGGCUUGUUUCCGUGACUUGGAAAGCCAACUUAAGAAGCACACGCGCAAACUGGCGCAGCAGCGCCGGGUGGACAAUCCAUCUUUGAUUUUUCGGGACAUGAAGCCUGAUCAGGCUGAGCCGGUAGAGACCCUUGUCUCAGGCACCAAGGCCAGAGUCCAGGAAGUGAGGGCUGAUGAGGGGUUGGUGGUGCUUGAUGGUUCGCCGGCUUGGGUGCCAGAGCUUCCGUUUCAUGUCGGCGAGCGGGCGCUUGAGGUGCAUCACACAGAGGAGGAAUGUUUGUGGGGCGACGUCGCAAGCCUGCGCCCGAACGACUUGGUGCGCCAGGACGUGCUGCUCGGGGACCUCCCCCAAAUCUUCCAAGCCUUCGCCAAAGAAUGGAUUCAAAGGUGGAUCCGGCCGGACCACUUGGAGGCGCAUAGGUGGGACGGCCUGUUGGCCAGCUUUCCGUUGCCCCAAGGCCGACCUAUGGUGCUCCCGCCCAUUUCUGAAGAGACAUGGCGAGCGACGGCGCGGGCGAAGCGGUCUUCGGCAGCCAUAGGGCCUGACGGCGUGUCACGCGAUGACUUGUUGCGCCUUCCCUCGGAUCUUGUGCAAGGCAUGUUGGCCAUUUACCAGGAAGCCGAGACCACCGGCAAAUGGCCUGAACAAAUGCUGGUAGGCAUAGUGGCAGCGUUGGCAAAAGUGCCACACGCCAGGGAGGCGCUGGCCUAUCUCCGGGGAGUGGUGCCUGACACGCUGUGUGGCAACAUGCCGGGGAGGGCUGCGGCUACCAUUUGGUGGCAGCUUCAGGCAGAGGUGGAGCGUGCGCAAGCCCAGGGCUACGUUCUGGCAGGGGCUGCCCUUGAUUUGCAGAAAGCCUUCAACACUUUGCCCAGGGUGCCAGUUCUUGCUCUUGCCGAGUUGGUUGGCCUCCCGGCUGGGUUGGUGAGAGGUUGGUCCGGCGCUUUAACUGGGGUGCAGCGCAGGUUUAAGGUACGUGGUUCCGUCGGUCCGGCCUUGCUUGCCAAUGCAGGCUUUCCAGAAGGCGAUGCCAUGUCCGUUGUCGCCAUGGCGCUGGUUGACUUAGCACUCCAUCAUCAUAUAGCAGCACAGGUGCCUCUUUCCAAAGUCAUUUCCUUCGCAGUCCAAGCCACCAAGGCCUUUGCGCAAUCCUGGGACAUCGCGCUGGAUGAGUCUAAAACUAAGGUCUGGGCGACAACCGCGGAAGCCCGGAAGGCACUUCGAAACCAAGGUUUCCAGACCACGCUGGAUGCUCGUGAUUUAGGGGGCCAUCUGUCCUUCUCUAAACGUGUAUCUGUCUAUACCAUCACGACCAGGAUUAAAUCAAUGCAGCCCCUCUGGCCGCGGCUUCAGCUGUCACCUGCCCCCUUUGAGCAGAAGCUUCGUGCGCUCUCAGUGGCAGCCUGGCCACGCGCGCUUCAUGGCAUUUCGGUUGUUCUCUUGGGGGAUGGGCACUUUGACGGGUUGCGUAGUGCGGCUGUGCGAGGGCUAGGGGCCAAGCGGCCUGGGCUCAACCCAGCUGUUUUGUUGGGGCUCACUGUUUAUCCGGUGGCCGAUCCUGCCUUCUUUGCGCUUCUUUCCACAUUCAGAGAUCUUCGAGCCCAUGGGUCGCAACAGUGGGCCAUGCAGAUGCUGGAGGAUUCACUGGGGGCUUUUGAUCCUUGGGCCACCUCCAUGCAGGAGGUUGAGCUGCGAUUGGUUCGCGCAUGGCAGGGAUCCAUCGCAUCCCGCGCUGAUCCUGUCCUCACGCGCAAGCUUACAGCCCAGUGGCCGGCUGAGGACAGGGCCUUGAUACGCAUCACGCUCACAGGGGCCUUCUUUACAGAGGAUGCCUUGCGCCACAUUGGAGGCGGCGAUUCGCCAUUAUGUCCCUUUUGCAGCGACUUACCGCCGUGCCAGUCCAUGCAUGGUUGGUGCAUGCAGCCGCGUGAGCUUGACGUGCUACAGCAAGAACUGCUCGGCAUACCGUGCUUGCUUUGUGAUUUUCAGGUGCCGCAUUCGGCAGAAGAUCAGAUCGACUUGUUUACCGAUGGGUCAUGUUUGCUUCCAAGAGAACACCGCCUGCGUUUGGCAGCUUGGGCUGUCACAGUUGCGGCCCCCGUGGGCGAGCCAGCAGUCAUCCUUGCAGCAGGGCCGGUGCCAGGCCUUGUGCAGACUGCCUAUCGCGGCGAGCUGUCCGCAGUUCUGUCUGCCCUCAAGUAUGCGCAGGCCUCAGGACGUAGGGUUCGCCUUUGGAGUGAUUGUCUGGGGGUAGUUCGGGGUGUUCGGGGGUUGGUUGAGGGGUCGGUUCGGCUCGUUAGGCCAACGGCGCGAAACGCCGACCUUUGGCUGCAGGUCCGAGACAUUUUGUGGGAAUAUCCUGACCGUUUUGGGGGCAUCUUUAAGGUUCCAGCGCAUGAGGCAUUGGGGGAGGAUGCCACUUUCUUUGAGGAAUGGAUACGCCACAACAAUGAUCAGGUCGAUGGGGCAGCGAAGCAGGCCAAUCGCGCGAGGCCACAGCGGUUCUGGGAUAUCUGGGAUGAGGUGCGUCGUGACGUGGCGUACCAGCAGCAUGUGGGCAGCAUCGUCUUGGGCCUCCACAGGGCCAUCGGACGUGCUUUGUGCAGGGCAAAACGCAAGCAGCGUGAGCCGGCUGACGUCGAGCUGCAGGUGGUGCCACCUGUGCCGGAUGAAAGAUCUCUGACGUGCCCCGUGGUCCCUGAGCGAGAUUUGGCCACUGUUUUCGCCAAGUUUGGAAGGCCUUAUGUGAUGGUCUUAAGCAACUGGCUCCGUUUGGUCACUGGCGCUGGUGGCGUUGUAGCUGCUCGACCCCGCUGGGUUUCUCUGGCACAACUUUACCUUGCAUUCCGACGUGCCACGGGAAUGGAAAUACCAUUUUAUAGGCAGUCUUCGAAGGCAUGGUACUCAACGGCCCCAGGGCCAGAGGAGAUGUUGCGUAAGGUUCCCCUAGGUCGGCGAGCAACUUGGUUUUUGACCCAGGUCAAGGCCGUGGUCAAAGCUGCUGGUGGAAACUGGUACACUCAGGAGACCCGGCCGUCUUCUGCCAUUCUCCAGUGCCGCCUCCUUUCCGUCUACAUGCGCUUCCCGGCAGAGCAGUUGGAGGCUGUGGAGUCGCUUUUGGCAGCAAGGCUGGGACGUGAAUGCCAACGACAUGAUCGCAGAUGGGCUGCCCUAACUUCGUUGUGA